UUCGGCGAUGACGUCAUCAGUCGCAGGUUGUUGUGAAGUCACUUCCUGAAUAUUUAGUUUCCUCAUUUGCUACCGCGGCCGCUUCUUCGACCUCAGGUAAAUAAUAGUAAUCAGUAACAGCAGCUUCGGCACCGACGGACCUCGCUUCACUUCCUCUGGUCAGAAUCACUGGAGCUGAACCGGACCUUGUCCGAACCGUCAACGACUGAGAGCAAACUGAAAGUGAAACGCUUAGCGGAACCGAGACCAGUCAGACUGUCAGGCUCGUGCGACAGGGUGAAGUUAUUUAGCUUAUUACACGAUAAAGUCCAAGCUGCUGCAGCUCCACGUGCUGCGUUCACGCACAGCGCGCGCGUCUUGGUCACUUCCCAUCUAAUGCGUCGCCAUUACAACAGGAGCACGCGCGUAUCGGCAGGUGACAGGUUCGGUGAGGGUUCGACUUAAGUACUGGAUUGCUCCAGGCCCAGCUUCAGUAACAGCCAUCGAAUCAGCAGCAUCAGUCCUGGACUGAAGAGCGGCGGAAGCACCUGCUGGAGGCUCAUGGCCGCAGCACGUGCCUCAUCCAGAGGAUCCCAGUCCGGCUCGGAGCCGGAACCGCCAGCUGGCGCCGAGUCCGGCGUGAGACCUCCGGGCCCCGUGGACUCCUGGGAGUUGGAGCUGACGUCCAUCCAGCACUCGCUGAAGUUUGUGUUGAAGCUGAAGGAGGAGUUUGUUUGCCCCGUGUGUGGAGGAGUCGUGCUGAACCCGCAGCAGAACUCCUGCGGACACAUCUACUGCCGCCGCUGCCUGCAGAACCUGCUUGAGAGUUCGCCCCCGUCCGGCCCGGUUUGUCCAGUGGACGGCGCCGCGAUCGCACCGGCUGAGGUGUUCCAGGACAACUGCUGCAAGCGGGAGAUCUCCAGUUUGGAAGUGUUCUGUCCCAACGGCCCGGCCUGCACCUGCGUGGUCGCCCUCAGCCACCUGCAGGAGCACCUGAGGUCGUGUGGGUACGAGCUUCUGCCGUGCACCAGCACCGGCUGCACGUCGCUGCUGGAGAGGAGGCACCUGCAGGAGCACCUGAGCAGCACCUGCCCCCACCGCGUGGAGCCCUGCCCCCACUGCCGGCGGCCGCAGCCGCGCAGCCUCAUGCAGGUCCAUGUGCUGAGCUCGUGUCCAGAUGUGGAGGUGGACUGUCCCCACAGCUGCUCCCAGAAGGUUCCCAGGCGCGCGCUCGCGGCGCACGGCGCCUCGUGUCCAGAGGUUCACGUGGACUGCUCCUUCAGGAGCGUGGGCUGCUCCGUCCAGGACGCGAGGAGAGAAGUGAAGCUGCACGAAGACGCGGCGUUCAGUCACCACAUGCUGCUGGUCAUGAGGAGCAGCGUGAGCCUGGAGCAACAGGUGGAGCUCCUCCAGGAGGAGGCGCUGCUGAGAGGGCAGGAGGUCCACGCGGACCUGGUGCUGGCCGGGCUGCAGGAGGAGAUCCGACCCCUGCUGCAGCAGAGCAGCAGCCACCAACACGUCGCAGCUGCGCUCCAGGGAACCGUAGACCGACACGAGGACGUUCUGUCCACCAUCACACUGGACCUCCAGCAGGUGUCUCUGGGACUUGGUUCUGGCCUGGAGCAACUGGAGCAGCUCAGGAAGUCGGUUCAGGCCGUGAUACAGGAGGUGUCUGCAGUCGAGGCCCUCAGGGAACAGCUAGGAACUCUGGAGGACAAGGUGAAGCGGCAGUCGGGUCUCCUGGAGCUGCACGCGGCUCAGCUCAGCCACAGCAAGCAGCACCUGCAGGAGCUGGAGGCCACGUGCUACGACGGCAAGAUGAUCUGGAAGAUCCAGAACUUCAGGAAGCGGCAGGAAGCCGAGGCCCGCGGCCUGGCGCCGUGUCUGACCAGCGCGCCGUUCCACACGGGCUGCUGCGGCUACAAACUGGCCGCCAAGGCCUACCUGAACGGGGACGGCGCCGGGCGCGGGACGCACCUGUCGCUCUACGUGCUGCUGCUGCCGGGAGACUUCGACGCGCUGCUGCCGUGGCCGUUCAGGCAGACGGUGUGUCUGUCUGUGCUGGACCAAAGCGGCGCCGGCAACCACCGCAGCCUGAGCUUCAGACCCGACCCGGCGUCCAAAAGCUUCCAGCAGCCGGCGGCGGACAGCAACGUGGCCGUGGGCUUCUCCAGCUUCCUGCCUCUGCAGCCCGGCGCCGCGUUCCUCAAGGACGACACGCUGUUCGUCAAGGUGAAGGUGGACCUGUCGGGUUUGGAGCAGCUGUGAGCGUCGUCUGCUGGGCUCAGAUCAGCGCAGCGCCUCAGCUGCAUCUGUUGCCGGGCAACCGUCGUCCUCGGCUUCAGCCAAAAUGGAGGAAUUCCCUCCAAAUGGUCUCAGGGGUUGCACUUUGGACUAAACACUCACUCGUUGGUCUCAGCUGUUUCAUUGGGUUCCUUCAGUGUUUGCCCUGGUUAGAAACUGCUAAACUCUGGGAUAGAUGAACAUCGAUGUUUUAAUGUUCAACUCAGGUUUCGUGGUCUGAUUUUUAGUAGCUCCCAUAUGUGUAAGACUAGUCUGUGAACUAUUAAACCAUGCACACAUUUCCAGUUCUCAGCCAGCGGCUAAACAGCUGCUAAAAAGAACGUGAGGUCAAAGAUGCAGCUGCAGAAACAGGAUGAGAGGAUGAGGAGCCAGGACUGAAGUCUGAGGGCGUCAGGUCCAGGCCUGGACAGAAGUCUACAGCAUCUGGAUGGACGCUCUGUGGGUCAUCUCUAACCCAUGAUGCAGCCCGGAGAAGGAACCGAGCAGGAAGUAGGAACACAAGUCCAACGGACAGGCCAGAGAAGCCCAGCCUGCCUCUGACCAGGCGCCGGACAGACUGGACUCACGCAUACAAGCAGAGACAACCUGGACAGUAGCUCUGGAGGACAGGACUGGACCCCCCAUCUACGCUGAGCUCAAAGUCAGCGGGUUCAAAGCCUGACCAGUCCAGCGCCUUUCUUGUCUGACCCGACAUUCUCCAGUCAGCAGCUUCACUCCUGCAUCCUGCAGGUCCUUGUAGCCCAGGUCCAGCUUGCUCAGACCCGGUUGGAUCCUUGAGCCAGUGCCAGUGAAGCCAAACCCUUCUCAGUGAGCAGACAGCAGCUGCACACCUCGGUGCAUGGACUGUGCAUCUGUUCCUGUCAGCUCACUAAACCAGAACCGUUUUCUAUUAACUCAUUUAGGUGCCGACUCGUUCCGGACCUGAGUCUGCAGAAAACCAGUCUUUGGCCUAGAGGCUGUUGUUACGCAGGUCGACCGGAGGCGGAGAACUGAGCCCAGAACUUUACAGCUUCUGACAGGUUACAGCUCCUCAGCCUUGAAGUGGAGCAAGAAAAACCCAACUGAGUGCAUUCAAACCAGUUUAUGUGAACCUCCUACUAUUUUGAGAUCAGAUCAUGUAAAUCAAUGUGCCAGAUGCACGACUUCCAGACAAUAUUACAUGAAUGAAGUUAUGAGAAAAAGAUGAUGAUGAUGAUGAUGAUGAUGAUGAUGGUGGUGAUGUAAAAUACUCCUGCUGCCACAUUGUGUAGCAAAAUAAGGAGUGAGAGUCAAGUGUUUGACCCAAAACGAUGAAGGUCCUGGAUUCACUGCUGCGUCCCGACCUCAGAUCACUGAGGUGAGUACUGAAGCCUGACGGGCCUGGGCCGCCGGGGUUCUGCUGUAUCUGUGUACUGAAUGUACAGUAGUCAUUUGUGUGUGUUUAGAUUCAGCAUUCACGUUUUAAUAGAAGUGCAGUUGUGAGUAGAUUGUUUUGUGUGCGGCACCCGGGUCCAGAGGAAAAAACAGACCAUCAAAGGAUUCAACUUGUCUGAUGUGUUAAAGUAAGUCUAACAAGUCAGGAGCAAAACAAUGAGAAAAAGAUGAUGUGCAAAGGUUUGUGCAAGAAUAAAAACAUUUCACAAAAAUACAA